CGCCAUCAAUAUAGCAGCCGAUAGAAAUGACCAGCUUGAUGUCCGAGCUCCGCCUCUCCCAGGGUCUUGCAGACCGACGACCACCGUUCAGUGUCUGCCCUUUGCUCAUUCUGCCUGCCUUCUAUAGGUGUACAAAUACAAUGAUGGAGGUGCGUAAGCACGUGCGUUUCGUCAUGGGUUCAGACUUGUAUGAGACGUCUGUACGACAUGCUAUCGAGUUGGGUUGGUCACAUACCGGCUGGACAAUAUUGACGUCCGGGACUUGACAUGAAACAUCCUCAGCCACAAGGCCCAAGGCCGUGUAUCAUCCCAAGGCCGUAUGCCAUACUAUGUAUCAUAGUCCUGAGUGGCGUUGCGAUAUUCCCACAGUUCGCAAAUGCUUCUUGCAUCUCCUGCACAAGGCACUAGCGGAUGCGGAUGCGCCGUCUUCCGCCCAAUCUCCUCGUUUACACUGCAUGCAACUUGACAUCGUAUUCUAUUCAUCCA